AUGUACAUAGCUAUCAAGGGUACAGUUUUCGAUGUCUCGCACAACCAAGCUGCCUACGGUGUCGGUAAGGGCUACCACGUUUUUGUUGGCAAAGACGCGUCACGAGCUCUUGGGAAAAGCUCUUUAAAGCCUGAAGAUACGUCACCUGAUAUAAGCUGGGAUUAUUCCACUUUGACAGAAAAACAAUUGAAGGUCCUGGACGACUGGUUCACAUUUUUCAGCAACAGGUAUAAUAUUGUUGGUCAUGUAAGCGAUCUGCCUAUAAAGAAGAAGACCUAA